AUGGAAUUGGUGGGCCUUGAUAAGUUUCUCACUUAUCGUGGUGAACAUGGAAACUGUGAUGAAUGCGGAAUCUCCGAAUCAACGACUGUUAUACAAGAAUUCAAACUUUGCAAACCAUGUAAAGAUUUGGAUUUUCCGGAUGAAAAAGCCACGUUUCAAUACUGUAACUCAACAUUCAAAUGUCGAGCAGGAAACUGCGCUGCGGAUAAAUUGUCUUAUCUCGAGUUGGUUAUUGGAACUUGUUGCGAAGCCGCAUUAAUGCUUAAACCUGAGCCUGACGAUGCUGACAAUGAACACGAGUAUUUCAAUGAUCUUUAUCAAAGAAUUAGAAAGGAAGAUGAUGAUUGUGAUGCAAGGAUAGGUUUCGCUACGUCGAGUCUAUCUGAUGCAAAGAAAAAUCUGAAAAAGGCCAAAGAAGCGGUCGCAAUCGCAAAAAAAGAAUUGGAGUCGGAGAAAUUAAAAGGAAAAACUUUAAGAAAACUACGUGAGAAAAGUGCAAAGCGAGUUCUUUUUGUGACUCAAGUUGCUUUGGAAACUGUCGAAAGUGAGCCUAAAUCCAAAAAACCAAAAACUGAGAAUGAGAAGCCUCAUUGCAAGGUCUGCUUCUUUCCCUUCGACAACGAUCAUCCUGAAGCUGUAAUCAUCCCAUGUGGUCACAAAGCCUGCUUCAACUGCAUCUCCAAUCUUCCACAGAAAAAAUGUCCAAGCUGCCACGUAAAGUUCACUAAGAACCGUGUUUUCAAAGUUUUUAACUGA